AUGUCGCUUCUUGUGAAUAUCGCAUAUUAUAUUACUAUUUACAUUGGUAUACCUCUAUAUAUUUGUGGAAUAUUUGGUAGUAUACUUAAUAUUUGUAUUCUAUUCGCAAAUCGACAAAAUCCAUGUACAUUUUUAUUGAUUUAUUCAUCAAUAGUUGAUUUUUUAGUACUUAAUGUUGGUCUACUACCACGUAUUUUAUCUGUAGGAUUCAGUAUUGAUCCUACUUUAACUAAUCUUAUGUGGUGUAAAAUUAGAACUUAUGGAUUACGUAUAACAACAUUGAUCGCUAUCUAUAGUGUUUCUUUAAUGUCAAUCGAACGAUUCUUUAGCAGUUGCCGUACUGUACGAUGGCGACAGUUGAGUAAUAUAUCUUUCGUUCGUUGGAUAACAUUUUUAGUUACUUUCAUUAUUGCUACGGAAGGUCUCCCAUUUUUUAUUCUUACUCAAAUACUUCGAUCAAGUACGAGUAUUAGUUGUACACCAAUGUAUAAUUUAAUUUUUGCUAAAUAUGCAUCAUUUUUUUGUAUACCGGUGCUUUUUGGUACACUACCUUUGGGUAUUAUGGUAAUUAUGAUUAUUUUGACUUAUUUUAAAUUACAUGGAAGAGUUCAUCUUCGAAAAGCUCAACGUUCAUUAACAUUAGCUAUAUUUCUUCGAAUAUUCUUUGCUUUAAUUUCUUUAGGUCCUUAUACAGUAUAUUUCGUGUAUUCAGCUAUUGCUUCUAUAACUGUACCGAUUAAAUCUGGUGAAAGAAUAGCUGUAGAAAAUUUUAUAUUGGCUGUGAUUAGUGUUUUCCUUUAUAUUACAUAUUCUUCAUCGUUUCUUAUCAGUUUUUAUAUAUCAACAACAUAUCGAAAGCAAUUAACUAAUCUAUUUGGACAACCAACAGGAAGAAGAAAUGUCGUUCGACCUGCGCAGAUGGUAAUAUAA